AUGGCGGAGAAGACGCACCGCAAGAAACAGUCAGGCACCAAGGCGCAGAAGAGGAAGAAGGCCGUGAACAAGAAGAAGGGGGUCGAUGACAAGGUGGGCAAGACCACCCUCAUCAAGGCCCUCAUCAAGCACUGGACGCGGCAGGAUGUCAAGGACGUCAAGGGACCCAUCACUUUGGUGGCUGGGAAAGCCAGGAGGCUGACCUUCAUCGAGUGCCCACAGGACCUGUCGGCCACCAUCGAUGCAUCCAAGUACGCUGACCUGGUCCUCCUGCUGGUCGAUGGCGCCUUUGGCUUUGAGAUGGAGACCUUUGAGUUCCUCAACAUGCUCCAGGUGCAUGGCUUUCCUAAGGUCAUGGGGGUGCUGACGCACCUGGAUGGCUACAAGGACACCAAGGCCCUGAAGAAGACAAAGAAGUCCCUCAAGCACCGCUUCUGGUCGGAGAUCUACCAAGGCAUGCAGAGCGGAUGGGCCAAGCUCUUCUAUCUGUCGGGGAUGAGGCAUGGCAAGUACCUGAAGAGGGAGAUCCUCAACCUGGCGCGCUUCAUCUCGGUGAUGAAGUUCCGGCCCCUGUCCUGGCGAAUGGAGCACCCCUUCCUCGUGGCCGACAGGUUUGAGGACGUGACAGAUCCCGCCAGCAUCAAGGCGGAUCCCAAAGCAGACAGGGACGUCACCCUGUAUGGCUACGUCCGCGGCACAAAUUGGAGGGCCGGGAGCCGGAUUGAGGAGUUGACUCCGCUGCCAGACCCCUGCCCGCUCCCAGCGACCUCCCAGUCCGGCAAGCGCAGGAGCCUGAGCGAGAAGGAUCGUCUGCUGUAUGCCCCUAUGAGCGACGUCGGCGGGCUGCUGUAUGAUGCCGAUGCAAUGUAUAUCGAUAUUCCUGACUGGAAGGUCCAGUACAGUGCCGCUGGGGCUGCCAACGGCCGGGCAGAUGGCGAGACCAUGAUCAGGGAGCUGGCUUCCACGCGCCACGGCAUCGACGAGCAGCUUCAGGGGGCUGAAAUCCAGGUGUUCAAGGGCGCCAAGCCGCUGCCGGCCGACGGCGCAGCCUCCAGCGAUGAGGAGGAAAACGAGGACGAGUCUGCGGACGAGUCUGGAGACGAGGCUGCCUCCACAGGGGGCAGUGGCAGCAGCGACGACGAGAGUGAGGGCGGCAGCGACAGCGACGAGGAGGGCGAGCCCCACCAGCGGGAUUCCCUGCCAGGCCAGGAGGUGGUGCUGGCUGCAGAUGGGCGCCACAGGCGCCGCGCCGUCUUCAGCACGACCCUGGAGCCCCGGGCUGGGUCAGGGGAGAACUCAAGCGAUGAGAACUCUGGGAGUGACAGCGACGACGAGCCCGGGACGGCACCAAGGAGCAGAGGUGCUUUGGAGGACGAUGAAGAGGGCUCCGACCCGGAGUCUGGCUCCGAGACGACCUCCGACGAGGAGGGCGGCGGCGAGGACGACGAUGGCGACGAGGACGAGGAGGGGCUGGGCGCGGCUGCGCGGUGGAAGGCGGCCAUGCUGGAGCGAGCGGCCGCCCUGUUCAGCCACCGCGCCGCCAACCUGCACGCCGCGGUGUACGGCGAGCGGGCGGUGGGCCCGCCGGCUUCCCAGCGGCUUCCGCGUGCUGAGCUCGAGGCGCCUAGCAGUGAUGGAGACGAGGACGAUGAUGGCGAUUUGUUCCGACCGCGGGAGGCCGUGCGGGGCAUGCAGGGCCCUCCCUCGGGCCUGGAGGAUUGCAGCCGCGCCUGGGCCGCCUGGGAUGCGACGCUUGCCGCCUGGGCCGACGACGCGGCUGUGGAGGGCCUGCGCAACCGCUUCGUGACGGGUGAUUGGGCCGCCGCGGAGGAGCGCUCCGCCGCCCGGCCCCGUGACGGCGGAGCUGGCGCGGACGAGGACCCCGGGAGCGAGGAGGAGGAGGUGUACGGCGACUUUGAGGACGUCGAGACAGGCGACCGGUUCGAGGGCAGUGCAGACCCUGCCACCCGUGCGGCAGCAGCCGCCAUCAAGCUGUCGGCGGAGGAGGAGAGGAAGGAGCUGGACGCAAAGCGAGCCUCCAAGAAGGCUGCCUUUGACGCAGAGUAUGACCAAGGCGGCAGCCGCGGCGUCAAGGAUGGCACCGGCGGAGGCAAGGCCUCCUCCAAGACCUCCAAGGAAGAUGUCGAGGAGGAGGGGGAGACCUACUACGACGCGCUGAAGAAGGACCUGGCGGAGCGCCAGGCGCGCACUGACGCCGCGCUGAGCACGCUGGGCCCCGACCAGCGCCUCGCCAUGGAGGGCCACCGCCCCGGGGACUACGUGCGCCUGCGCUUCCGGGGCCUGCCCUGCGAGCUGGUGCGCCACUUUGACCCGCGCUCGCCCGUGCUGGUGGGCGGGCUGGGGGGCGGGGAGGAGGGCGUGGGGUGCCAGCAGGUGCGACUGAAGCGCCACCGCUGGUUCCCCCGCAUCCUGAAGAACCGCGACCCACUGGUCGUGUCGGUGGGCUGGCGCCGCUACCAGGCGCUGCCCGUGUACGGCAUGCAGGACAACAACGGGCGGCACCGCAUGCUCAAGUACACCCCGGAGCAUGCGCACUGCCUGGCGGCGUGGUGGGGGCCGCUGGCGCCGCCGGGCACAGGCGUGCUGGCCGUGCAGAAGCUGCAUGGCGAGGGGCGAGGCUGGAGGAUCGCCGCCACGGGGGUGGUGCUCUCCCUCGACGCCUCCCUGCGCAUCGUGAAGAAGCUGAAGCUGAUCCUGCGCCACACAGCCUUUGUGUCUGGCAUGUUCAACAGCGAGCUGGAGGCGGCCAAAUUCGAGGGCGCGGGCAUCCGCACGGUGUCUGGCAUCCGCGGUACGAUCAAGAAGGCGCUGCGGGCGGGGGUGCAGGGCGCCAAGGACGGCACCUUCCGCGCCACCUUCGAGGACAAGCCACUGCUGAGCGACAUGAUCUUCCUCAGGACGGUGGCGGACCUGCGCAGGGAGCAGGGGGUGGGUGCGCCGCGGGAGUCGGACUCAAUGUACCGGGCCAUCGAGCGCAAGCCGCGCGUGUUCAACCCCCUCAAGAUACCCAAAAACCUCCAGGCCGCCCUGCCAUUCAAGAGCAAGCCCAAGACGGAGGCGGCGCGCAAGCGCAAGAGCCUCGAGCAGCGUCGGGCGGUGGUGCUGGAGCCGGAGGAGAAGCGGGCUGCGACGCUGCUGAACCAGCUGAAUGCCAUCCGGAACGCCAAGGCGGGGGUGCGCAGGGAGGCGCGGCAGAAGCAGCUCAAGCAGCUGGCCAAGCGCAGGGAGGCCGAGGAGGCGUGGCGCGCGCAGUUCAACAAGGAGGAGCGGAAGAAGCGGUACGUGGAACAGGGCCAGCAGGAGAAACGGGCGGCGAAGAAGGCACGCGCAAACUAG